CGCCGGCUCCUCCCCCCGCGGGCGGUGGCGUGGCCAGGACGCGCGGCGGGCCGGGAGGCUUCGGGGCUCUUCGCGGCUGUAGCCCCCUGCUCUGCGGUCGGUCUCGGGCCUGCCACUGCGACGGAAGCGGCGGAGGGGAAAUCAGACAGAUGCUUGUGAGUGCCCCAUGGCUGCAGCUGCCUCCAUUCAUUCAUUUAUUGCCCAUUGUAACUUGGAAGCAUUCAUUAGGUCAGUUCAUCUUCUGGGAUCCAUCCCUGCCUUCUGGUUAAGGACCCCAGGCACACAUACAGGAUGACUCAGCAGUGGGAUGCAUGCUCAGAUACCAGAAAGGUGCUGGUAACUUGACAGGAACUUCCACAUUCUUUGGAGAGACCUGCUGUAGGCGAGUGAGACCUGGCAGGAGACCGCACGGCGGGAAUACAUACUAUCUAUCCAGGAACUGAAGAUUCCACCAUGAAGAGGGCUAGGCAGAAACCCGUGGUGGAAAAUGAGAGUCCCCAAACAUCCCAGGAAAGCAAAAAACAGAAAACUUGUUUCUAUGGCUCAGGGUUUGGAGGCUGUCUGGACUGGGGCAGCCUCCCACACCACGUCAUCCUGCGCGUUUUCCAGUUCCUGCCCUUGGUCGACCGAGCCAGGGCAUCCUCUGUGUGCCGAAGGUGGAACGAGGUUUUCCACAUCCCGGAUCUCUGGAGGAGAUUUGAGUUUGAACUGAACCAGCCAGCUACUUCUUACUUAAAGUCUACACAUCCUGAUCUCAUUCAGCAGAUUAUCAAGAGGCACGCGGAUCAUCUGCAGUACGUCAGCUUCAAGGUUGAUAGCAGUACUGAGUCAGCAGAAGCAGCCUGUGACAUCCUUUCUCAGUUGGUAAACUGUUCCAUCAAGACACUGGGUUUGAUUUCUACAGCAAAACCAAGCUUCAUGAAUGUCUCCAAGGCUCAUUUUGCCUCGGCCCUGACAGUAGUUUUUGUCAACUCCAAGUCACUGUCAUCGAUCAAGGUCGAUGACACACCACUGGAUGAUCCUUCCUUGAAGGUUCUUGUUGCUAACAAUAGUGAUACUCUGAAACUGCUGAAAAUGAGCAGCUGUCCUCAUGUGUCACCUGCUGGAAUUCUUUGUGUUGCUGACCAGUGUCACGGGCUCAAGGAGCUGGCUUUGAACUACUACAUCUUAAGUGACGAGCUGCUGCUGGCGCUCUCCAGCGAGAAGCACGUGGACCUCGAGCACCUGCGCAUAGACGUGGUGAGCGAGAACCCCGGGCAGGUGCAGUUCCACACCAUCAAAAAGCAGAGCUGGGACGCUCUGGUGAGGCACUCCCCCAAGGUCAACAUCGUGAUGUACUUCUUCCUGUACGAGGAGGAGUUCGACGCCUUCUUCCGAGAGGAGACGCCGGUGACGCACCUGUACUUCGGGCGCGCGGUGAGCAAGGCGAUGCUGGGCCGCAUCGGGCUGCACUGCCCGCGCCUCAUCGAGCUGGUGGUGUGCGCCAACGGCCUGCAGCCGCUGGACGAGGAGCUGAUCCGCAUCGCCCAGCGCUGCAAGCACCUGACGGCCAUGGGGCUGGGCGAGUGCGAGGUCACCUGCAGGGGCUUCGUGGAGUUCGUGAAGAUGUGUGGAGGCAGGCUCACCCAGCUCUCCAUCAUGGAGGAGGUGCUGAUCCCCGACAGCGACUACAGCUUGGACCGCCUCCAUCUGGAGGUCUCCAAGCACCUCGGCAGGAUGUGGUUCCCUGAUAUGAUGCCAACCUGGUGAAUCCUCUGUGUCUGUGGAUGAGAUGACUGGGACAGGGUGUUGCUUUCUAUGCAAACAAAGAAUUUCAACGUGCAAUGUGAAAACCUCUUCCCAGAUUUGUGGUUUUCUACCUUGGCAGUGCAACAGCAAAAUCGUUCCAGAAUGCUAAGGGUGCGUGGAACUAGCAAAUAGCUGAAGUGUGCUUAACACUGCUGAAAGGGUGUCUGUGGUUCACAGGUGCUUCACACUUCGGUGAACUUGGGCUUCUCUGAGCUUCGAUGUAAACGUUCCACGCACAUUAAAGUUUGGGAGGGUUCAUGUCUCUCUUUACUCUUUUGACAUAGUCAGCAGAGGGCUAGAGAACCUGUUCCUUUAGCAAACCCAUCUCUAUAGCAAGCUGGGUACCCCUUGGAAUUCAGUAGUAUUUGUCAGGAUCUUUGAGUGCGGCGCUCUCCCAAAGCCUGUAUGCAGAAGCCUGUACAACCAAAUACUUGGAGUAGCCCAGGUUGCUCAGCUCUAACCGAGCUGAAACUCCUGCCACUGUGUUAAAAUGCUGUGGUAAGUAAGCUGCUGCCUGCAGCAGGCUUCCCAGUUUUCAGCAGCACUUCCAUUUUGUCCCACAAGCUGGACUGUAAGGACUGUGUUGCACAGUAUGUUGGGCGUUGUGUCACAGGCUAGGAAAGGAUGCUGAAAUGAAUGAAUUGAAAAGUUUUAGUUCCAGACUGAUUGCUUGGCUGGAUGACAGAGCACUUUGGAAACUGCCAAAGAGUGUUUGGAAUAGCUUCUGGAGUUGAGAGAGUUCGGGCCUUGGAAUGACACAAGUUGAUGUCUGAAUGCUAUUCCAUGUUUCAUUGCUGAGAGAUGGGGAAGUGGCUAGAGAGAGGGAAGGGUCAGAUUGAGUGCAGUUGUAUUUGAUUGCUUCCUAUCUGUAAUCAAAGAUGUAAAGCACUUAAUAAGUAAUCUACCAGUUAGAGGCCAAAAUGGCCUUGCAGUAACCUUGCCUGCAUCCAGCAGAGCCCCAGUUUCUAGACUGAGGGCUGCUGGGGAGGAUCCUAUAACUUUUCUUCCGUUUAAUACUUGUUGUUACUACUUGUUUGGGGAAGAUUUUUGUUUUCUUUCUUUCAGGGGAAGGGAAGGGUGAGUUGGUAUCAAUUGGAGAAUGUAUUUUUGCAUUGACCUUCUGCACACUGUAAACUGAACUGCAUCAUGAACAAGUUUUGCUGUCGUUCUUUUCAUGCCGUACUUGAUUUCUCUUCCUGCUUAACCACGAGAAGUCUUCACUGAUGUGCUGGUGGCAUUUGUCACAUCAGAUAGAACAUCAGUUUCUUCCACGCUUCUCCACUGCUGAAAUAGCAGCUGCAGAGUUAAACCACUGUUGUCCUGAGCAGGUUUAUCCCAGUGGCAAGCCUGACGGCUUUAAAGUGACAGAAAAUGCUGCUCUGAACCAGUGACGUUGUUGCCGGCUUCACACUUUAAGUCUCAUCUGACUAAUACUUGAGACCCAAGCACUUCCUUAACCAAGAGGAUUCUAAUUCUCUUCUACGCAAUAGACUGAAGUAUUUCUAAGCAGUAUUUGGUUUAAGAUGUGUGGUUUGCUUUAAAUGUCAACAAAAUAAAGUGAUUAAUACAUGCACUCA